AUGCAUCUCCGCCGCCUCUUUUCACAACCACAAACAAAAACACUCCUACAGAUUCAGCUACAGCUACUCCGCCUCUCCUCUAAACCACUCACAUUCACACCCACCCUCACCCCCGUACGCAGAAUGACCUCCGCAACCGACACCCGCCCGCCGCUCAUCACCGUCAUCGGCGCCACGGGCACCGGAAAGUCAAACCUUGCGGUAGAUCUUGCUCUAGCGCUCAACGGCGAGAUCAUCAAUGCCGACGCGAUGCAGAUGUACGCGGGGCUGCCCAUCAUCACGAACAAGAUCACGCCGGAGGAGGCGCGCGGGGUGCCGCAUCAUUUGCUGGGUGUGUUGGGUGUGCGUGAUGCAUGGCAGGUGGGGAGGUUUGUUAGUGAGGCGGGGAGAAUCAUAGCUGAGAUCCACGCGCGGAAUAAGGUCCCGAUACUGGUCGGCGGAACACACUACUACAUCCAAUCCCUCCUGCACCCAACAACCAUCACCUCCACCUCUACCUCCACCUCCACCUCCACUUCUACCUCUACCCCCGAGACUCCCGCCACCCCUUCCACCCCCUCCGCCCUCCCACCCCUCAUCAGCGACCCCACCACCCCCACCGCAACCCUCCACGCCCACCUCACCACCAUCGACCCCACCAUCGCCUCCCACUGGCACCCCAACGACCGCCGCAAGAUCCUCCGCUCCCUCACAAUCUACUACACCACCGGUCAACCCCCCAGCAGCCUCUACGCCGCGCAACCAACCCCACACUCCCCCUACCGCGCCCUCCUCCUCUGGGUCCACGCGUCGACACCCGCCCUCCGCGCCCGCCUCGAUAACCGCGUCGACGCCAUGCUGAGCCGCGGCAUGGCGCACGAGAUCGAGCAGAUGAAGGCACUGUGGGACGAGGCGGGCGACGCCGUCGAUGCAACCGCGGGCAUAUGGCAGAGUAUCGGCUUCAAGGAGUUCCUGCCGUUUAUGCGGCGCAGGGCGGAGCUGGGGGUGGAGUAUGGGAUUGGUGGCGGGGAGGAAGAGACGCAAGACCUGGAACCGGCGGUGAGGAGGGAGCUGGGGACGCUGUUGGACGCGGCGCUGGAGGGGAUGAAGACGGCGACGAGGCAGUAUGCGAAGUCGCAGGUGCGGUGGAUACGGCAGAAGCUUAUCCCUGCGCUGGGCGGCGACGAUGCGUUGUUCCUGCUGGACUCGACGUCGCCGGAGGAGUUUGCGGCGACGGUGUGCCCGACGGGCGUCGGGAUUGCGAGGGCGUUUCUGGCGGGGGAGGGGUUGCCGGAUCCACGGGGGUUGGGGGCGCUGGCGGAGGAGGUGCUGGGCGCGGAGAGGAAAGGGAGGGGUGGGUGGUCGGAGUCGAGGGAGUGUAAGGUGUGUGAGACGGUGUGCGUGGGGGAGGAGCAGUGGAGGGUGCAUGUGAGGAGCAAUAGGCACAAGAAGGCGGUGGGGCGGCAAAGGAGGGGGAAUGAGGUGGAGGCGUGGAAGGCGUGGGAGGUGGAGAGAAGGCGGUGGAAGGAGGGUGGGCGUGUUGGGGAGGAGCCGAGGAGGCCGGGCGCGGAGGUGAGUGGGAGUGAGAGUGAGGAUGGAAGUGGGGAGGAUGAGGAUGUGCCGGUGGCUGCGGCUGUAGCUGUGGGGAGCGGCAAUUGA